CGUCCAAUGCGUGUUCAUGUGUAGGUUGAAUGGAUGAAACGGAGAGAGCGGAGAGGUAUAGGCAUGCUGUGAUACGGCCCUAUAUAUUUGCCGGCAGGACUAUCUUCCUUUUAAAGACAACCUCCUCCUUGCAUUGGUUUCCACUCAGUGAUGUCGCGUAUUUGUGUGGCGCACCUGUAAAGAGCGAGACAGGCAGAAGCCGGCUUUUUUAAUUAUUUGAUUCCUUUUCUUUCUUCUGUUCCUUUUUUUCCCUUUUUUUGUUCCAUGCAUUUGCUGAAAGGAAAUCAUUUCUGUGUUUUGAUUUAAUAAAUAUUUCAUUUCCCUCAUUUUAUCUUGUUUGUGUUGGCUUUUUAUGUUUCCAAGUUUGAACUAAGAGAGAGCGGAAUUCAUCAUUUCACGAGCUAUUGGCCAGGUGUUUUCAUUCAGAGAUUGUUUGCCCUAAGGACGUCCAUAACUUUCAUUUAUAGAAACGACGGCAACUCCAAACUAACAUGGCAGUCAGACUGUGCGAUGUGGCUUCUCUGCUUAGAAGUGGUUCGUGGGCGCCUGAGCCUUGGACUGGGGUAAUUGCUGCCAUGGAAACACAGCUGUCCAAUGGGCCAACUUGCAACAACACAAGCAACGGUCCUUCAACAAUCUCAAACAACUGCUCCUCACCUGUAGAGUCGGGGAGCAUAGAGGACAGUAAAACUAACUUGAUAGUCAACUAUCUGCCUCAGAACAUGACCCAGGAGGAGCUGAAGAGUUUGUUCGGGAGCAUCGGAGAAAUUGAGUCCUGUAAACUAGUUCGAGACAAAAUAACAGGGCAGAGCCUAGGAUAUGGAUUUGUGAAUUACGUGGACCCCAAGGAUGCAGAAAAAGCCAUCAAUACCUUAAAUGGCUUGAGACUUCAGACCAAAACCAUCAAGGUUUCCUAUGCGCGUCCAAGCUCCGCCUCCAUCAGAGAUGCAAAUUUGUACGUCAGUGGCUUGCCAAAAACCAUGACUCAGAAAGAACUGGAGCAGCUCUUCUCUCAGUAUGGACGCAUCAUUACCUCACGCAUCCUGGUCGACCAGGUGACUGGCGUUUCCAGAGGGGUUGGCUUCAUUCGUUUUGAUCGGCGAGUUGAGGCUGAGGAGGCCAUCAAGGGUCUUAACUGUCAGAAGCCGCCCGGUGCCACCGAACCCAUUACAGUCAAGUUUGCAAACAACCCCAGCCAGAAGACCAGCCAGGCACUGCUGUCCCAGCUGUAUCAGUCACCCAAUCGAAGGUACCCAGGACCCCUCGCACAGCAGGCACAACGCUUCAGGUUGGACAAUCUGCUGAACAUGGCGUACGGAGUCAAAAGCAGGUUCUCCCCCAUGGCCAUUGACGGGGUGACCAGCUUGGCUGGCAUCAACAUCCCGGGGCACGCAGGCACUGGCUGGUGUAUCUUCGUCUACAACCUGGCUCCAGAUGCAGAUGAGAGCAUCCUCUGGCAGAUGUUUGGGCCGUUUGGUGCCGUCACAAACGUCAAGGUUAUUCGCGACUUCAACACAAACAAGUGCAAAGGAUUUGGUUUUGUCACCAUGACUAACUACGACGAGGCAGCCGUGGCCAUCGCCAGCUUGAAUGGAUACCGCCUCGGGGACAGAGUGCUGCAAGUCUCGUUCAAAACCAACAAAACACACAAAGCCUAAUACCCACUGAGAUUGUUUCUAGAAAACUCAGCAGAAAAUGGAAACAGAAAAUGGAAGCGCAUUGACCGUAACUUUCUACAUUAGUAAAAACAGCUUUGUAAAUCAGUGUUACGAAGAAAAACAAAAUUUAGCGUCCAACAAUGUGAUUUUUUUUUUCUUUUCUUUUCAUUGCUACGCUUUGAAUCUUCUCAAUAUACUUUAAAACAGGAAAAAAAAUACUGCAGGUUUUAACGCCUGUGAUGUUGAAUUAUCUUGCUGUCUUUACAGAUGGACCAUCUAAAACGUUACUAUAGGUUUUGUCAUUUGUUGCACAUCUGCUUUGAAACAGUAAGUCUUGUAAGGUUUGUGUAGUGAUUACUUUAUUUAAUUUUUUUGUAUUUCUCUGUGUCCUGAUUUGCCUUAGGUGCAUUAUGCCUUCAGUGGUUAGCAAGUACUUAUUUUGAACUCUUUGCAGUUUUGUUGAUUUUGUAAGUAUUCCGUUCAUUGUAAUAUCAGUUGGUUAUUGGUUGGCUGCAUAAUGUUGCUUAUUGUAAACUUAAUGGAUAAAAGACAAAAAAAAAAUUCUUAAAGCAGUACCUUGCCAAAGAGCUAAGAACCUCUUUGAUGUGGGUUUAAAAAGCAUCUAUUUUUAUAAAAAGAAAAAUUUGGAGAAACUUUUUACUGGACCUGGAACAAAAUAUUUUGACUUGGAUACUUUGAGAAAUAUCUUCAUAUGACACCUUGUGAGCUUUUGAACUUUACAGGAAAGUUUGCAGUGGUUGAAAUUUCUGGGGAGAUUUAUGAUGUAAAAGAUACCUUUUGAGAUCUUUGUAUUAUCUUUAGAUUAUAGAAUCAAUGGCAGUGCUGGUUUCAUUUGUAAAAUCAUCUGUGGGUCCCCCGUCAUCCUGGUUGUUACAUGACUAGCGACUCGCUUUCCAGUUUGAUUUGGAAACGGACAAAAAUACAAAGGUUUAUUCGCAAAAAGUGCAUGCAAAAUUAUAACGUGGAGAUAUCUUAAAUGGGGGAUAAAAAUCAGUUCUUCCUAAAGGAUUCCCUUCAGACGGAGCUCAUGGUGUUUUGUGGUGUAACUACGAUAUAUCAUUAGACUGAUUUUGUCUUAAUAUCAACCAAUAAGGGUUUUUACAUACUUUGUAUGAAAGAUUGAGGACAAGCCAAUGAAGGCAGCAGCUUAAGAAAAACUAGUCUGAAGAAUAGAACGGAUUACUCCUGAGCUUUGAGCUAUGUAAAUAAGUCCUUUUUUAUGUUGAGUAUUUGGCAGACUUCUUUUGGUUCUCGUUUGGACUUCAUCGGAAAGUGUGAUAUUAUAUAUAUCGUUUUUCUUUUCUCUUUUAUGGAGUAUGUAAGGUAUUUUCAUUUUGGAUAUUAACCUUUUGAAUUUGAGUUUCCCUUCAGUUGAGAUACUUGAUUUGUCGUCCCAUGGACUAGCAUUACAGUGCAUCAAAUUUGUUGGUUGUUUGGUCUGUAGAUAGUCUUGCUUCGUAAAAAAGAAAAAAAAAAGGUAUUAAGAAACUAUAGACAUAUGUUUUUGUUUUUUAUAUAUAAACAUUAUAGAUAUAUAUUUAUGUGGUAAAGAAUGGAUAUAAACCACAGUUUUGAACUAUUUGAUUAGUUUUUUUUUUCAUACUCAUAUAUAUACGUAAUGCAUAUAACCUGUCUUUAAAAUCGUAAAAAGGUGUAUAUUGCUUUAUUCACUUUGGGGGAAGGUCAGUGAAGCAGUUCCAUUACCGAUAGCUAAAUUGGUUGCAAGAGUUUGUCGAACAACAUCGCAGUACUCUCGAACAAACAAACGGAGGCUAGCGGAGCCUUAGAUGCACUGAAUACUGCACCUGCAUCCUGCUUGGUAUUUAAACCAAUUACUAGUCAUGCUUCCCCUUAAAUGAGCAGUGUGCUAUGCAUUAUAUAAUUAUCUUUGCAACUGCUUUUCUUGUUUAUCUAUUCCUUCUUUGUGUUACUCGUAAAAGUUAAAUUUAAGUCUAGAUGAUUUGUGAUACUUGCUGCUGUGGGGUAGAGACUACAUUUUUCAUGCCUGACCUGUCAUUGUUGAAAAUAACUUUUUUCUUUUUGUAACUUCUUCAUGAUGAUUUGGUCUUGACAAAUUGUGCUGAUGGUCCGGCAUGAAAAAUGGUUCCCUCCCACCCCUCUUAUCUCAAUUCUUAAUAUAAGAAUGAUUAUUUAUUUGAAGUUGUAUAGUCUGACUUGGUUCACAGCGUUUUUUGGAAUAGAAUAUCUUUUGUUGAGUAUUUAAAAGGAUGUACAUGUUCUUUACUUUGUGUUUGGAUACUUUGGAUUUUUUCCAUGUUCAGUACAUCAAUAAAUAAGUUGAAGGGCAAUGCAGCUUUGUGAAUGGACCCCAUCAUUCCUCACAGAAGUGGUUUUGCCAAUUUAACA